AUGCUCAUAGAAAGUCUCGAGAACUUUUGGAUUAUGGGAUUGACUGAGGAGUUCAAAGAAGCCGUCGCGGCCAUGACAGAGAUAAAUUUCGAACCACACGACCAGAUAACUAGCUUACCACAAACGACGCGACUACUGUACGCUCUACUCUCAGCAUACGACCUCCAAAAGUGUCGCGAUAGUCGGCUCCUAGAAAAAGUCCUCGAGUUGGGCGACAUGCUCUAUACCUUCUUCGACACUCCAAGCCGCUUACCUAUCACAUCCUGGAGUGCAACAAAAGUCGCCGACGGUGUGGAACAAGAAUUAUCGGGAAAUGCCACACUCGCAGAACUUACGACAUACAAUCUAGCAUUUGUCAGACUGUCGCAGCUGACAGGCGACAUGCGAUUCUACGACGCUGUAAUGCGUGUCACAGAUAUCCUCGAAUCGCAGCAAAGCAGCACCAAAAUCCCCGGUCUCUGGCCCGCCGAAAUCAACUUGCAAACCUUCGACCUGACUUCGCACAAUACCUUCGAUGUCAAUGCCGCAUCGGGUCCUACAUAUGCACAACACGCCCUAAUGCCCCGUCUCCUCGCCGCCGCGCCCACUUCAUCACCCUUCAGCAGCAUGUCCGCAAGCGCCCUUGACGCCAUCAUCCAGCACAUCCUCUUCCGCCCCGUAACCCCCACGAACGAAUCCGUCAUGAUGGCCAGCCCCGCAUACACCUCGCAAAGAUAUCACAUAACCCUCACCCACAACCUCGACAUUUCGUCAUGCACUCUCGGCAGCACACUCGCCUUGUCAGCAGCACUCACGCACAACGAUACCCAUCUCACCUACGCGCGUCUUCUGACCGAAGGCUGCAUAUGGACAACCCUGCACGCCCCUCCUUCUUUCAACGGCAACAUGAUGCCAAAGAACUUCUCGAUGCUAGCCUGUUCAUCGUCGAAACUGAGCAACAGUGACGAAGACUGCUCGUUUGACCCCAAUGUGUGGCCCGAACAAGAGUACCCUGGGUUCGAGAAGAUAUGGGAUAAAAAGGGGCCGAGCGUGCGGCCAGAAGUGGUGAUGAGUUUGUUUGCUCUGUACCGGGUUACGGGAGAAGAGAGGUGGAGGGAGGUUGGGUGGCAGAUGUGGAAGGGUGUGGAGCAAGUUAUGGAAGACAAGGUUGAGCAAGCGCUUAAUGGCGACACUGAAAGAGAUGACGAAGAGUUCAGGAUGACGAUGCAGACACUCAAGUACUUCUACUUGCUGUUCAGCAAGUCCGACAUGUUGAGCUUGGACGAGUGGGUAUUUCCAAGCGAUGGGGGUAUCUUGUGGGCAGGCAAUGUAUAA